AUGUAUCAGAUGCCAGGCUGGGCAAGCCCCAAGCAUACCAGAUCAUUCACCCUGACGGGCGGACUAAUGACCAUGGAGCGCUUUCUGCCGGAGUGCUUCAUGACGGGUAUCGGGGAAGGGAUGAAUGAUCGUGGUGUACCAUGUGGAAAGGAAGUUGAGGGAAACGAUCUCCUCCUUAUGCUUCUGGAUGAUCAUGUUCAGGAUCGCUGCACGCUAAUAGGACCAACGAGCGGCACACAACACCGCCUUCACCAUGGAACACAAUACGAUGUCCAUCGCACUAGGUUUAGCUCCAGGCAAACAUACCGCUCGUAUCUAGGAGGCUGGGACGGUCGGCUUCCUUCGCAUGUCAGGACCCUUCUUCUCAUCUCAUUUGCGCACGUCCAUGUCGAGUACGAAGAUGAGCAUGGAACCGCCUCCUUGGGAACCUUACGAAGAAGCAGUCAGGCUUCCAGAAGAGACACCUCGGCGUCCGAGCGUCUCCAGGCCUCUACUUUGAAUUAUGGGGUGGGGUUGGUGCAAUGCGACGGCGUCCCAGCGCAGGAGCUGGAAUGUGGGGAGCCUUAUGAUCCGGCGAGUGGGAAAACAAUUGAGCUGCGUCUGGAAUGCUGUCAAAGUAAAUUGCCAAUCGCCUUGCAGCAUCAAAUCAAUCGGAGGGUCCUGAUAGCCCGAAAGAAGCCACCAGCAGAGAUUAGCCUGUCAACCCUGCACGGUGCCGCCAUUCCCAACGAUGACACCAUCGUACAUACAGCUGCUGGUGGAAUGAUGAUAAUGGAUGACCGGUAUCAGACCACAAGUCCGGUUGAUUCUGCCGGAUGCGGAAUCGCAGAUAAGCCCGGUACUGCACCAGAAGGCAUGGCUGAUAUCCACGGUUACUGCAAGGGAGUUUCUCACUACCUUCUAGCUGCGUAUGAUAUGCAGGCGAGAAAAGCAUCUUCUAUCCAGGAACAAUCAAACUCUGAAGGAGUCAAUUACCCGGCUGGCAACACCUGUCCGUUUGGUGUCGACACUAGUUUACUAUCGCCUAAAAGAGACAAAAGCUCGCAUAUUGAAGAUCUACGGGACCAGCUUUACGCAGCGAAUGCUUCUGCAUCCCCGGCUGCUCUAACCAGGAUCGACUGGACUAGGAAAGAAGCCAGCCGGAAGGGGUUCCAGGAGAAGCCAACCAUGAGGGGAGCAAUGCACUUCCACAAUCCUGAACAGGACCCGGCCUGGUCAGCGGAACAGGCGCCAAACGGUUAUAAACCCCAUGGGCGGUGUGGCCAAACUCUCCCAUGGUCUCAAAUCAGCCAAUCAAUUGUAUCCAGCCUGCCUGCCAUGGCGCUAAUUCAAUCAGUGAUUGGUGGAGCGAUUGCUCAGCUGGGUCACCAGCUCGUUUUGGGUUUAGAUCCGUCACCGGGACACCGUCUCUGUCAAUGA